CAGAGAGGGAGGAUGUGAAUACAGGGGGGCUGUUUUUUUGGGGUGGGGAUUUUCCUCCUGACAAGCAGAUUGACACCUAAUCUGACUGACAUAUUGUGUCUUGCAAAAGGAAAUACUGAUGAUCCAGAAUGAAGUCUUCCAUCAGCUUUACGAUGAAAAACAACAUGAGAAAGAUGCUUUCAGGGGUAGAACUGCAGGAUGUAGAGCCCGAAGGUGGAGGAACGGGAUGGAGUGCUCCUGGAAGACGGUGCUGCUGUUGGUGUGCGCCUCGCUGGGAGUCCAGUACACAGCCAUCCGCACGCUGAGGGACUCACGGUCUGGACCGUGUCAGGGUGUCUAUCAAUGUCAGAACAAACAUCACAGAGAAUCCAAUUGGAGAACUCUGUGCGAUGACAGCUGGACGUCCACGGAGGCACCUCGGAAGCACAUCCUGUUGUUUGCCACGACUCGCAGUGGUUCCUCCUUCACCGGUCAGCUCCUCAACCAGCACCCUGAGAUCUUUUACAUGUUUGAACCGCUUUACCACGUCCAGCAGGCCUUCACCAACUCCAGUGGUAGACUGCGUCGCGGCUUAGACCGCCGGGCCCUCCUGGGCGCAUACAGAGACCUCCUGCUCAACCUGUACAACUGCGACCUUCACUUCAUAGAGAGUUACAUCCGCCCUGAGCCCCAGGACCAUGUCACCAAUUUUUUAUUUCGCAGAAGCUCGAGUCAUGCGCUUUGUUCUCCGCCGGUGUGCAUGGAAGGAGCAGAUGGACAAGUACUUGAGCCACCUGAAGAAACAUGGUGUACCAAAAAGUGUGGGGCACUGAACCUCACCUUAGCUUCAACAACGUGUCUAUCGAGAGGUCACAUAGCCAUAAAGACUGUUCGGAUCCCUGAGGUGGGGGACCUGCGAACUUUAGUUGAAGAUCCACGCCUAGACCUUAAAAUCAUUCACCUGGUGAGGGACCCUAGAGCCAUUCUGGCCUCACGCAUGAUGGCAUUUUCGGAUCAGUUUCGCGCUUGGAAAAUAUGGAAUGCUACAGGACGGCAGCCCCGGUAUGUGGAUCUAUCGCAGAUAACAAGCACCUGUAAGGACAUGGUGGCCUCUGCAGAAACGGGCCUGCAGAAACCAGUUUGGCUGCAGGGACGCUACCUCUUGGUGAGAUACGAGGACCUGGCAUUCAACCCGCAGCACAAAGCCACAGAGAUUUACCAGUUUCUUGGGCUGGAGACAGAGGACAGGGUUCAGGCAUGGAUUACAAAGAACACCAACAGUAAUUUGUCUUCCCCAUCAGAAUGGAAUUACAGAUACUCCACCACCAGAGAUUCCAGGGUGACAGCUGAGAGCUGGAGGCUUCGUCUCGGCUUUGACAUUGUCAGAACUGUGCAGAAUCUGUGUAACAAAACAUUGGCCCUGUUGGGGUAUAAACUUGUUCAAUCCGCAGCCCAACUUAGAAACUUGUCUCACAGUCUAGUAGAAACCAGACGAAACCUCGAAACAUUCCAACCCAGCCUAUCUUGAACAUGAGGGCAAUCAGUUAUUGGGUCGAGCAUUGUCAGAGUAAAAUGCUGUAAGUUAUUUUAUUGAUUGUCAAGGCAGACAAUUUCUUGGCGUUUUUUGUACAUUGAUUUUAAUCAUUGAUUUGUUCAUUUAUAAUUGGCUCGGUGGUUGAAUACCAUGUUCAUGAUUGUAAGUUAUUUUUUUAUGUAUUAUAAUAUUGUUAUAAAUUAUACAAUAAUUAUUUAUUAUUCCCACAUAACUUUAUGUUUUAUUGCUGUUUUGGGGCAUUACUUAUUCAAUACUUUAAAGCAGGGGUGCCCACACUUUUUCUGCAGGCGAGCUACUUUUCAAUUGACCAACU